AAACAUCAAGAACACAAAAGACAAUUUUCCACCAGCUUAUGGGAAUGGCUGCCUUUCUUACAAAAAUGUUAUUAGGGUUCCUUUUCAGUGUCACAUUGAGCUUAUGGUUCUGUGAAGCUAAAUCAAUGGGGGCCAUGUAUGUAAUACAAGAAACAGAAACGCCAUGUAUUAACAUCAGUGAUUCCAACAGCAACCAUGAGCUUGAAAAACUUCUGGAUAGAAUUAAAUACAUUGCUCGAAGCUGCAAAGAAAUUCGUGACAAGUACCAUGUUUAUGAGGAUGGCCUGUACUAUCUGAUCUCUUCAAGAGGAGUCCUUUACCAGACGUUCUGUGACAUGACCACUGCAGGCGGCGGCUGGACGCUGGUGGCCAGUGUUCACGAAAACAACAUGUAUGGAAAGUGUACAGUUGGUGACCGCUGGUCUAGUGAACAAGGCAGCAAUGCAAACCGGCCUGAAGGUGAAGGCACAUGGGCAAACAAAGUCACAUUUGGAGCCGCAGAGGCCGCUACAAGUGAUGAUUACAAGAAUCCGGGAUACUUUGAAAUUGCAGCUCAGGAUGUUUCUGUGUGGCAUGUUCCUAAUAAUAUGGAGUUGGAACACUGGAGCACUGGCUCCAUCCUCAGAUACCACACUGAAAAUCGCUUCUUAACCCUACAUGGAGGAAAUUUAUUUAGUUUGUUCAAGAAAUUCCCUGUGAGGUUUGGAAUUGGUGUGUGCAAUACUAAUAAUGGACCUGCUGCUCCAAUCGUGUAUGAUACUGGCAAUGUGGAUUCUACCAAAACCCUAUAUGGUCCUAGUACAAGAUCACAAUUUGAGCCUGGAUUCAUCACAUUUAGAGUCUUCAAUACUGAGAAGGCAGCCAUGGCUCUUUGUUCAGGCGUUAAACCAAUUGGCUGUCACACUGAAUAUUUCUGUAUUGGUGGAGGCGGACACUUUCCUGAGGGGGUCCCUAAACAGUGUGGAGACUUUACUGGUUUUGACUGGAAUGGCUACGGUACUAACACAGGCAACAGUGCUUCCAGAGAGAUAAUUGAAGCAGCUGUGCUUCUAUUUUAUCGCUGAAACUCUAAUGAACCUUUAAAUCAUGUUUGAGAUAUUCAUAAACACCUGAUUGUUACAUAAACACUUAUUUUCUGAAUUGUUUUUAGGUUAAUACAAUAAAUAAUUUAGGAAAUCAUUUGUAUGAUGUUUGUAAUAAAUGAAAAAUUACAUGUCAGAUUAACCCCUUAUUGUUUAGCUUCUGCUAAGUCACAUUAAACCCUUUCACUGUUCAUAAACUGUUCAAAUGUAAAUAUGUUCAAAUAAAACUUGUGUGAUGUA